AACCAAACGUAGACACUAAGCAAUUUUCAACAAAGAAAAGUGUAUAUAUAACCCAACCCACAUUUUAUCUUUCUUGUCACAAAAUCCCAAGCCAAUAAAAUCUAGUUUAUUCACAAUGACUGAGAUACUCUCAUAUCUGCUACUCUUGAUUCUCUUGUUCAUCUUUCCACUUCUCUUUCUCUUCUUCAAAUCUUCUUCUCCUUCUUCACCUACCAAUACCAACACCAACACCAACACCAACACCAACAUCACUCUCCCCAAAGCAUACCCACUCAUCGGUUCCUACCUCGCCGUCAAAGCCAACGCCCACCGCCGCAUACAAUGGUUCUCUGAUCUCGUCCAAAUCUCCCCCGCCGCCACCUUCACCUUCCACCGCCCACUAGGCCGCCCCACAAUCUUCACCGGCAACCCCGCCACCGUCCAACACAUCCUCAAGACCCGUUUUCCCAUCUACCAGAAGGGCAGCACGUUCGUAACCACCCUCUCAGACUUCCUCGGCUCCGGAAUCUUCAACACCGACGGCGAGAAUUGGAAGUUUCAACGACAAGUUGCCAGCCAUGAAUUCAACACCAAGUCUCUGCGGAAUUUCGUCGAACACGUGGUGGACGCUGAACUUUCAAACCGUUUGGUUCCAAUUCUCGCCGAUUUGGCUGAAAGCAAAACCACCGUUGAUUUCCAGGACAUUCUCCAACGAUUCGCCUUCGACAACAUCUGCAAAAUCGCAUUCGGGUUCGACCCGGAGCAUCUCACGGCGUCGGCGGAACGGAGCGAGUUCGCCAGAGCUUACGAAGAAGCAAGCGAAAUCAGCUCCAGACGGUUCCGCGGCCCGUUACCGUUGAUUUGGAAGAUCAAGAGGAAGCUCAACAUCGGGUCGGAGAAGAAGCUUCGAGAAGCGGUUAGGGUGGUGCGUGAAUUCGCGAAGGGGAUUGUGAGAGAGAAGAAGCGAGAACUGGAGAAGAAGGAGGCGGUGGAAUCGGUGGAUAUGUUAUCGCGGUUUCUGAAAUCGGGUCACUCCGAUGAAGAUUUCGUGACGGAUAUUGUGAUUAGCUUCAUUCUCGCCGGGAAGGAUACUACGUCGGCGGCGCUGACGUGGUUUUUCUGGUUGCUGUGGAAGAAUCCGAGGGUGGAGGAGGAGGUGGUGAGGGAGAUAAGGGAGAAGAGUUCGGAGGAGGGGAUGGUGUAUGAAGAAGUGAAGGAGAUGGUGUACACGCACGCGGCGUUGUGUGAGAGCAUGCGGCUUUACCCGCCUGUGGCCAUGGACACGAAGGAGGCGGCGGAGGACGAUGUUUUACCGGACGGUACGGUGGUGAAAAAGGGGACGCCGGUGACUUACCACGUGUACGCGAUGGGGAGGAUGCCAAGCUUGUGGGGGGAGGAUUGGGCCGAGUUUCGGCCCGAGAGGUGGUUGGAGAGGGAGGAUACGAAAACGAAUCUUUCACCACAAGAAAAGUGGAAGUUUGUGGCGAGGGAUUCGUUUUCGUAUCCGGUGUUUCAGGCGGGGCCCAGGAUUUGUUUAGGGAAGGAAAUGGCGUUUUUGCAAAUGAAGAGGUUGGUGGCUGGGAUUCUCAGCCGCUUCACGGUGGUGCCGCUGCCGCACCUGGCGGAGGAGCCUAAUUUUAUUGCCUUUUUGAGUUCUCAAAUGGAAGGUGGUUUCCCUGUCACCAUCCACCGCAGGAUUUCAGAUUAAAAAAAGUAAUGUUGGUUGGUUUACGUCAAUUGACUAGCUAGAUUUUAUUGUGUGAUUUGAUAUUUUGAUUUGUCUCUUGUUGUUGUUGUUGUCAAAUGGUAGUGUCAAUUUCUUCUUUUAGAUACACUUGUCAGUAAUGUAUUAAUUUCUUUUCAUGAUGAAUGAAACAAUAAAAUAUAAAUUAAGAAA